AUGGCGGACACAGCUCGCUGGUCGAUGAUAGCUGUGUUUAUUGCCGUGGUUGUUUUCACUUGGAAAGAUCUCACACAGUCCCAGGUGACAUCACAGCAACCGAAAGAGAUCAAGGCGCCCAAAUUGUCCCAAUUCACUGGUCCCACACUAAAGUUUUUGUAUUGUUAUUCAUGAGGUUACCGAAAGGUGUUCGAGCAGUAUGCUCACACCAUCCACGAGCGAUUUCCCAGCCUGACCAUCGUCGGUGACAACUAUCCACCAACAUUUGUGAAGGCCACUUCAGCUCAAGUUCUUAGUGUUCUUAAAUUAGUUUUUAUUGGCCUUAUUGUCAGUUCAUUCAAUCCUUUUCCACGUCUCAACAUGCAGACUCCAAAUUUAUUUUCUUGGGCUUUGGAGAACAAAAUUUAUGCCUGUUUAAUGAUUUUUUUCAUCAGCAAUGCCGUCGAAGGUCAACUCAUCUCAACCGGUGCUUUUGAGGUUUUAUUUAAUGAUGUUCCAAUAUGGUCAAAGCUUGAAACUGGUCGGAUUCCAGCACCGAAUGAAAUGUUUCAAAUGAUAGACAACCAUUUGAAAUUAAAUCAGUAGGCGAUGUACUGACUUAGGUUGGUUCACCACAUCACAGGUAUUUCUCCUGUGAGCUAUGUGUCGACGUCAGGUCUCGGCAGUUCUGCGUAUGAAGGUUUCGACGUAAAGCAGCCUGGCUGUUUGUUGAGACUGGAUGGAUCGUCCAGAGACUGCCCUGAAGUGACGUUAACUCCAUAGCCAGCAGACCUCACCUCUGAUGUGGUCGACCAAGCAUUGCUAUUCAGAUGGCCUUUAAUAUAUGUACAGAAAUUUAAAAAAAGAUUGUUAAAAAUCUAUUUUAAUAAUGCUACAUAUUCAAAGUAAACUGUUCAGUAAUAUUUGUACAGAAAUUGACAAUCUUCUUUCUUUUUUUUUUCUUUUUUUUUUUACAUGUACAUGUUCCGCGUGUUUUAAUUAAAUUGUCCACUAUUAUUUGCACAGAAAUUGAAAAAUUAUCUUUUGAACAGCAUAUGUUACUGGCAAAUAAUAUAUGUACAAACAUUUAAAAAAAUUCUUUUUAACAGGAUAUGUUACUAGCCAAUUAUCCAUUAAUAUAUGUACAGAUAUUAUUAAUUUUCUUUUCAACAUCACCUGUCCUCAACACUAGUGUUGAGGACAGGUGAUGUAUCUAUAAAAGAGAAAACACUCCAAGUUUUCUCCAUUUUUUUUCAACAGUAUAGGUUAAUGGCAAAUUGUUCAAUAUUAUAUGUACAGAAAUGGAACAAAUUGUAUUUUUAAUGGGAUAUGUUACUGACAAAUUGUCCAGUAAUAAAUGUACAGAAAUUAAAAGGUUUAUUCCAAUAAUAUAUGUACAGAAAUAGAAGUUUCUUUUUAACAGUAUAUGCUACUGGUAAAUUGUCCCAUAACAUUUUUAUAGAAAUUAAAAAGAUCAUCUUUUUAAAGGAACAUUUUAAAAUUGUUUUGUUCAGCAAUAUUUGUCAAGAAAUUGACAAAUUGUGGGUUUAAAAAAACCCCGAAUAUUCUUCUCUAUUUGCAGAUAUUAAAUCUCCAUUAUUGUAAUAUAUUUGGGAAAUAUAUAUAUAAAAAGAUAGCAUAAUAU